AUGGCUACUUCGAUGGAGACUGUCUCUUCUUUCCCCUCCAAGUGGGCGUGGAUUUUUGGAGGAGCGGCAGUUGCACUUGCAGCUGGCGGUAUCGCCUUCCUACUUUCCCGCCAGCGCCCCAACAAACACAUUCAGACUCUCGUUACGCCCGACCGACGACUGACCGACAACUUCAAGGCCAAGCUCGCUGAGAUCUUUGCCGCGCAGCUCGACCUUGAUGGCGAUGGUGCUCUCAAUGACGCCGAGCUUGAUCGCCUGGUGUUCCUCACCGAGGGCCAGCGAAUCACACCAGAGAUGGCCGAGUUCAUCCGCUCGCACUUUGAGACCAACGACGAAGGGUGGCUGACGUUGAGCGGGUUCGUGGCCUCCUACGAGUGGAUCCUGCAGCACCUAACCGACGAUUCUGCAGCGGAACAGGCUUUCGCGAAGGACUUGCAAGCGUAUGGUUAUACCUACGCCCGCUUCAAGCAAAACUGA